GGGAGAGGGACCUCCACCCCCAGUUCACCCUGCCGCUUGACGACUUCACCGCCCGGCGGGGAGCCACGCGGCUGCUGCCUGGCAGCGCGCGGAUCGGGUGCGCCCGCGGCGCUGGCGGCGAGGGGUCGCCCGGUGCCGGGCUGCAGCCGCUGGACGACGCGGCGGCCGCCGGCGGGCUGGGCAUUCGCAUUCCGAGCCCCGACUGCGCUGAGGACCAGCAGCGGUUUGCCGAGGGCUGCGUCGCCGUGGAGGGCGCCGCGGGCGACGCCAUCGUGUACGUCGGCCACACCUGGCACACCAUCUCCGUGAACCGGGGCACCAGCCCGCGCGUGGCCCUGCUCUUGCAGGC